AUUUUAGUGCAGGAAAAUGUGGUCAAGUUGAAGGCAUAAGCAGAAAAUGCGAAAAUAAAAUUUAUGAUCCACGUUUUAUCAUGGACGUAUAUCUUUACCCAAUAGUUAUUUUUAAUGAAUUAAGAAAUUGUGCUCUACUCCGUUGAGGGCAUGUAUACUAUAUACAUUGACCAAAAAAAAGUGUCGCAGCGCAACAGGAUAUUUGUUUGCCGGUUGUCAUGGAGAUCCAGCAUCAAAUCGAACGGUCGAACUUGGUAACGAACGACUUAAGAGUAAAAUAUGUUUUAUUUUUCUUUUACAUUUGGUGGCACAAUGUGUACGACUUAACUCCAAGUUUUGACAGUUUUUUUUAAUUUAUGCACUGCUGAUUUUCUAUAAAUUAUUUCCUCACAAAGGUCAGUGUCUCCUGAUGGUAAGUUUAAUGCCCCGAGGAAUUCAUUCACCUCUGUGUAGCAAUGUAUAGUACUUCUUUUCUAUCUGAAAUUGUAUGUUUUUUCUUCCACCAUCCUUAAAAAAAAAAAAAAUCAAAUUCCUGUGACCGAAUGAAAGCCUCCCAAAAAGGGUAAAAAGGGGCCCAAGCUGACCAAAGCUGAAAAGGCGAGGCUGAAAAUCGAGGAAGAGGAGCGAAGAUUGCGAGAGGAAGAGGAAGCCCGGAUUCAAGCAGAGAGAGAAGAGCAAGAACGGUUAGAAAGACAAAGACGACAGGAGAUCUUGGAUAAGCUCGAGGCGAAGGACAGAAAGCGCAGGGGCGGCGAACUGGGGGAACUGCGCUCCCUUCUGGAACAGAAUUAUUUUGCUGUGAUGAAGCAUAAAAAUUAUGUUGCACAAAUGUCAAAGUGGGAGAAAUACAUGCAAUGCAGUGACAUUCCGGACCCGGCAGUGCAACAGGAAAUCAACACGUUCAUCAGCUUGUGGAGAGAUGAUCCUGAACGCAACAUCGAGACUGUACUCAAGCAGUGUAGCGUCGCUCUACAGCUGAUCGAAGAGCUGGGAACACUCCUCAGGGAGGUGACCGACGCAGAAUGUAUCCCCAAAUACCAGGAGGUGCUCUUGCAUCUGCAGGACAUAGUCUACGGCAAGAUUCUCAACAGCAGCAUGGAGAUCCUCAAGGGGGCCAGCAACAGCAUUGACACAGAGACGGGCAACAUGCAGACUGUGAUUAAAGACGACAACACCACUCUUUGUCUCUGGGCCAACCUCAUGAGGAAUCCCAGGUUUAAGCGGUUGACCUUUGCGGGAGUAGGCAUCGGUUUCGAGCUGAACAAGCAGCUGGCGGGGAGCAAUAUCGCCCUGCGGAUCCUGCACACCACCUACGACCACUUGUCUACGUUGUCCAGGAUGACCCACAUGAAUAUUACCACCGCCCCUCCGAGGUCCGACGAAUCCCCACCAACUUUACCUCAAUUUCUUUUAAUUCCCCACCCGAUGGUUUCCAGGUUGCGCAGCUUUUUUGACGACAUUCCGGUAGCGGACACGGAGGAGGAGGACGAGGCACAAGAGACACAGGAGGAGACCCAGGAGGAGCAGGACGACGAACCGGCUGAGGAGCAAGAGCAGGAGCUGACUGUGGAAGAGGAACUGCCGCCAGACCAGGUGUCUGAAGGUGCUAAGCAUUCAGAAAGUCAACUAUCAAGAACCAGUAUGCAACAAGCAGAGGACGGCGAUGGCCAGAUCGUAACGCAGGUGGAGGUCCUCGAAGCCGAAACGACUCCUCCGCCCCCAGAUGAUGACGCGAUGGUUCACGGCGAGGGCGUCGAGGCGGUGGACCUGAGGAAGUACACGCCGUUGGGUGGAGUCUUUUACUAUGAACUGUUCCACCUCCCGGCGCAGUCUCAUCAGGUCAAGGGGUGGGAAAUCCGACAGAUGUCGGACGCAGGGUUGAAAGUUUUCCAGUAUAUUCCUGAGAAGUCAAAUCAAACAGAAGAGGACGACGCGGCCUGCCCACUUGUCGGCCUUUCCGUGAAACUCCCUGAUGCGGUGGUUUUCCUGGAAACCCCUGUUGUGGGUCGCUGGGAUGCAGAUGGCAAAUUUUGGAGGACGGACGGCAUCAGCGACUUCUCGUACCGUGAGGACGUGCGUGAGGAGGAGGAGGGAGAUGGAGGGGGGGAGGCAGAGGAGGUGGAGGAGGCGGAGGGAGGGGUGGCAAAGGUCUCCUUCAAGAUGGAGUCCUUCUACCCCUUCGUGUUGAUGCAGCACACCUACGCCAACUUUCCCUUCCGGAGCUGGGAGCUGCGCCCGCUGGGCAAGGACUCGGCUCUCUUCAGCAUCAACGGGGCGCUCAUCGACCUCAGCAUCACCAUCCAGGGGAAUCAGUGCAUGCUGCAAUCGGAGCGGGACGUCGGCCUCGCGCACCUCUUUAACAAGUGGAUGAGCGCGCCCGACCUGCAGCAGGCCAUGCUGAAGGCGGGGAUCAACAUCUUCGUCAAUGAGCACACUGACAAGUUCGUCACUUCCUGCCGCAAGGACCCAAUUAUGGAGGACAUCACCUACGAACAGUUGGCCCUGUUCGCGUCAGUCUGCGGCUUCUCCUGGAGUAAAUGGAACGCCCAAAGCGGUCCAGAACACAUCAUCAUAAAGGUCUGUGAGCACCAGGGCCCCGACCCGCCCCCCGAAGACUUGUGGAAUCUCUACCUGGUGGCGACUCAGAGAUUCCAGAAGCUCGAGAUCACGGAAACGAGCGAGGCCUUCUGUGCGGACCACCAUCCCGACAGCGAGUUUCACUCCACCUUCAUCCACAUGCUGCAGGACAACAUGAGCCCCGAAGGGAUAAGUCUGACCCGAGAGACCCACUUCCUCUUCGUGGACACCGUCCAGAGUCUGUUUUGUGCCACCAGGCCGCUCAUGUUUUGCUAA